UUGUUUAAAUUUUGUUUUCUCAGUAAAUUGAUAUUUUUCAAAUUUUUCUAAAUAUUAAAUACGAUGUUUCCCAUUUCAUUAAAAUCUUUAAGUGAUCAAGAACGCCACGAUUACAUACUAAAGACGUUUAUAUUAAAUAAAAACUAUUCAGCCGAACUAAGGAAACAUAAACGCGACAUCGAUGUCAUACGAGAGCAUCAUCGAUUUUUGUGGGACGAUGAUAACGAAUCGGCGGAUGAAGAUUCCUGGGAGGUGCGUUUAGCCAAACGAUAUUACGACAAGCUCUUUAAAGAAUACUGUAUCGCUGAUCUAAGCCGACAUAAAGAAAAUAAAGUGGCAUUACGAUGGCGUACAGAAGCAGAAGUCGUGGCCGGUACUGGACAAUUUCAAUGUGGUAGUCGUAAAUGUUUGGAAAAAGACCAUCUACGUAGUUGGGAAGUAAAUUUUGCCUACCAAGAACAGGGUGAACGUAAGAAUGCUUUAGUUAAACUACGACUGUGUCCGGAGCAUUCCGACCAAUUGAAUUACACCUCCAAGAAACGGGAAGUAAAACGUCUCAAGCAUAUGGAACGCCAGCAGUCUAAAGAAGAACGUGAAAAACGUAAAUCUACAAAAACGAAGAAAAGUCUGGGAAGUGAAAAUGACAAAGAUAUAGAAGAAGAAGAAAUGCAUAGCGCAAAUAGCGGUGCGAAUAAUAUGGAAAAUGAGAGCGAAAAAGAUAAUGAGGAGUUAGAGCAGACUGUAACAUUAGAUAAUAGUAAAGGAGAAGAGGAAAUGGAAGACUCAGAAGACAUUUGGAACAAGAAAACAGACGUUGAAGUAGAACCUGUUUCUAGAGAAUCAGAGUUUGAACGUUAUUUAGAAGAUUUACUUCUAUAAUUUAAAAUAAAUAUUUAUAAUUUAAAAACUGAAUAA